AUGAACAUAAAUUCAAAGCUAUGGUAUGGAUUGUCAAACAAUAUGCCCAAAUUUGAUAAAUUACCGUGGAACAUUUCGCCAAACGAUAUUACGGAUGUGUUCCCAGUUGAAAAACUAGUUUAUUUAUCACCCGAUGCACCAGAUGCACUGGAACAAUUUAAUGCCGAUGAUUGCUAUGUCUUGGGAGCUAUUGUUGACAAAGGAAAUCGACAACCAUUGACACUGGCCAAGUCGAAGCGACUGGGAAUUCGUGCAGCACGUUUGCCAUUAGAAAAAUAUAUUGAAUUCAAUUCACAUAAAACAUUGACACUGGACCAAAUGACACGAAUUAUGCUUGAAUGGAAACGAACCCAGGACUGGAGAAAGGCGCUACAAUAUGUACCGGCUCGAAAAGUUUCCGGUUAA